AUGGCAGCCUUAGUGGAUGAAGAAUUUGAAGAUGCCCCCGAUGUUGAACCCUUAGAGCCAACGUUAAAAAAUAUCAUAGAGCAGAAAUCCUUGAAAUGGAUAUUUGUUGGCGGUAAAGGUGGAGUAGGUAAAACAACAUGCAGUUGCAGUUUGGCGGUCCAGUUGGCGGCGGUGAGAGAAAGCGUCCUCAUCAUAUCCACAGACCCAGCACACAACAUCUCAGAUGCCUUUGACCAAAAGUUCUCCAAGGUGCCCACCAAAGUCAAGGGCUACGACAACCUCUACGCCAUGGAGAUCGACCCGAGCCUGGGCGUGGCCGAGCUGCCUGAUGAGUUCUUUGAGGAGGACAACAUGCUCAGCAUGGGAAAGAAGAUGAUGCAGGAGGCCAUGAGCGCCUUCCCCGGAAUCGACGAAGCCAUGAGCUACGCCGAGGUCAUGAGGUUAGUCAAGGGGAUGAAUUUCUCUGUGGUGGUAUUUGACACAGCACCCACCGGACACACGCUGCGUCUGCUAAACUUCCCCACCAUCGUGGAGCGAGGCCUGGGCAGGCUCAUGCAGAUCAAAAACCAGAUCAGCCCAUUCAUAUCCCAGAUGUGUAAUAUGCUGGGGCUAGGGGAUAUGAAUGCAGACCAGCUGGCCUCUAAACUGGAGGAGACUCUCCCAGUCAUUCGCUCCGUCAGCGAACAGUUUAAGGACCCGGAACAGACGACGUUUAUCUGCGUGUGUAUCGCCGAGUUUCUGUCUCUGUACGAGACGGAGCGACUCAUUCAGGAGCUGGCCAAGUGCCGCAUCGACACACACAACAUCAUCGUCAACCAGCUGGUGUUCCCCGACUCCGACAGGCCGUGUAAGAUGUGUGAGGCCAGACACAAGAUCCAGUCCAAGUACCUCGACCAGAUGGAGGACUUAUAUGAGGAUUUCCAUAUAGUAAAGUUGCCUCUGUUGCCCCAUGAGGUUCGAGGAGCAGACAAAGUCAACACUUUCUCCAAGCAGCUUCUGGAACCGUACAGCCCCCCCAAAAAGUGACUGCACCCACACACACACACACACACACACACACACACACACACACACAUACACA